UGUUCCGGAAGUGUUGGCAGUUUGAAAACAUGGCUCUGCAGUUCACCGACGCGGAUUUUCAGGAGGCUUGGAAGGAGCUUGACGAGCCCCAGUUAAAGGGGGAAUGGGAGCUUUUCACAGAGACCACCGGCGUGAAAAUUUACCGGCUUUACGACAAGGAAACAGGCCUUUAUGAGUAUAAAGUGAUCGGCACGCUGUCCAGUUGUUCUCCAGAGGACUGUGCAGAUGUUUACAUGGAUCUGGCCUACAGGAAGCAGUGGGACUCUUACGUCAAAGAGCUCCAUGAGAAAGACUAUGGUGGACAGAAGGCCAUUUACUGGGAGGUGAAAUAUCCAUUUCCCCUGUCCAACAGAGAUUAUGUGUACAUCCGGGAGCGCAGGGACCUGCAGGUGAAUGGAAGGAAGAUCUGGGUGGUGCUGGCAAGGAGCUCGGACGUGUCUCAGUGCCCUGAGAGGUCGGGCGUGAUCAGGGUGAAGGACUACAAGCAGACCGUCGCCAUGGAGACUGAUGGAGCCCAGGGAACGAAAGUCUUCAUGAACUACUUUGACAAUCCUGGAGGUAACCUCCCAACGUGGCUCAUCAACUGGGCGGCGAAGAGUGGAGUUCCAGGCUUUCUGAAGGACAUGCAGGAUGCCUGCAGUAAAUACGCUAACUACUGCAAGAACAGGAAGUGAAGUGCACUUUGACCUGCCUUUUUCUCUUUCUUCAUCUGUCCGCUCGUCUCCUGUCCAUCUUCAUCGUUCAUACUGCUGUCUCUCGCAUGUCCGAGUUAAUAGUUAUGUUUAUAAGGACUUUAAACAAUGACGGGCUAGGGUGCAAACACUAGUUUGAUAUUUUCGCUAAAACACUAGAUAAUCCUCCAAUGAAUUCGGCGCAGUUUUGUCCAAGACGCUUGUAUUUCUGCUCAUAACCACACAAGAGACCCAAAGCGUUCCUUCAUAGCGUUGGCGUGAACAUCUCCCUACACUCCCUUCUCCAGUGUCCUCCAGUGAUCCUCCCUACGCUCUCAAAAUCCUGGAUUUCAAAUAAGUUAUCUUCCCAUUCAAAUAGGCUACGCUCAUAAACUCCGCUGUAAAAAUGUUUUUAUGACCUUGUGAUGUUAAGACAUUCCUUAUUGACUUUUUGUCCAUUUAGAGUGGCAUCCCAUGGCACACGUUCCUACUCAAAUGUGCUGUUAAAAAAAAAGCAAAAAACAAACAAAAAAAUACAGUACUCAUCUAUAAAUACAGAAUAAGAACCACACACACACACAAGUAGCUGCAGCAUGGAUUGGAGAAGGAAGAGGGUCGUGGCAGUUAUUAAUUUUUCGCUUGUGUCACCCAAAAACUAUAUGCAGGCAGUACAAUACUAAUAGAGAACGAAAAGAAUAAAGAAAAGUUUUCUUUUGCCUUAUUGGUCACUGAAUGGGCGAAGGAUUGUGACAGUUGCUGCUUACUUUGGUUUCCGUGGCUAGGUUUGGUUUUGCCUUAGCUGUCCUUACAGUUCUCGUUGUGUAAAGUCAUUAUUAUUACACGCAGUUACAUACAUCUGAAAUGUUCUCCGUACUUUAUGGGCUGCAAAACACUUAUUUUUUCACUUUUGUAGCAAAGAAAUGUCAUUUGAGCUUUUAUUAGUAAAAACAUUUUUAUAAAUACCAGCAAAAUACAGCUUUAUAUAUAUAUAUAUAUAAUAUUUGUCGUUCCACUAACAAUGAAAAUUCUUCAGCAGUGCCAGAGAUUAUUAGCAUCAUCAUGGUGAUAAACAAACCCUACUUUAUAAAGUGAUGGAUGAGAUUUCGAAGUUAGUGCUCCGGUCCACAAUGGGCCAUUAAUUUCUAUUUAAAUAAAGAAAAACAGAAAAGCUUGUGUCCCAAACACAAUGCUGUACUUUGUCUGAAUGGUACACAACUGACCAGGAUCAGCACUGGUGCCUUUUUGAAAUUUAAAAAUAAUUAAAAAAACAACAACCUGAUCCUGCAGCUAUCAAAUUCUCCUAAUAAUAUAAAUAAGAUCAUUUACACAAAAUGUAGCUGCAGUGUAGUGGAUCAUUCUCAUUCAUAACACAUUACACGCUCAGUGUGAUCAUGGCAGCUGUUUCAUGCGUCACGUGUAGUAAUGAUUGCAUGUAGAUCUGCUGCCCCUGCUGGCUGCAUGUGGUAUUGCUUAAUGAUUGAUGAUGAUCGUGGGGUUGAAAUCUUUUUUUGCUGUUCUACACUCCAUGCUUUAUGUUUUUUUUUGUUGUUGUUGUUUUUUUCUAACCCUAAAACAUAAUUUUAUUGAACAUAGCUAGAGAGGAAUAUAAGAAUGUGUGCACUUUAUAUAGGAGACAUGAGCCUGGCGAUGGCUUACUGCUUUUCCACAUACUGAAGAGCGAUAUAUAUGAGAGAAAUUUUAUGCUGUGCACUGAAGAAUAUUUAAACUGUUACACAGAGUAGAUUUUAAAAAUAAAUAAAUUAAUCGCUGGUUUAAGGCUAAUCGCAGUAAGAUAAAUCAUUUUCUUUCUGUGUGAUGAAUUUAGGUUUUGUUUAAAAUAACAGUUCAGAGAAAAUAAAUGUAGUUUAUCGAUCAUGUUUAGCGUUUUUAAUGUUAGGGUUAACUUUUUCAAUUUUGCACUGGAUCUUUGAGGCUAGUGUAACUAGAGCGCUUAAUUCAUCAUACUGAAGCAAACAAAUCCGUAGUUACCCAUAUGUAAAAGCGAUAAAUUUCAGAAUAUGUCAUUUAUGUAUGUAAAUAUUUCUGAAACCCACCUUACUUCAAAGUAGAACUGUUUUUCUUAGGGUACUAAGAACCUUGAAUGAUUUAAAGAAACCUUGAAGAACCUAUUUUUCUAAGAUUGUACUGGUUUAUUUCACUGUGCAUUUAUUUAACACAAAGGAAAACAUAUCACAAUAUAAAUAAUGCAUUUGUUGGUUAUGAUGAUGAAUAUGAUGAAUCUAUUUACCUCAUUGUAAAAUACGUCAAGAUGCAUGACUUAUUAUAGGUACAGUAAAAGAUAAGCGCACUACACAAAGUUUCCAGACAAACACGAGGUUUCGGACAAGACGUCCUUCAAUAGCUGCACAAAGAAAGAUCUUCUAAUCUUUAAAUAAGUUUUUCUAUAAAAAAAAAGUGGGGUCAAUUUAAAAUAUUUUCAUAUCUUAAAAAUAUAUUUUGAAAUACAUGUGCUUUUAUAUGGGUAAUUUGACCAGAAUGCGGUUCUGCUGUUCUUUUCUUUCUCAUUGCUGUGCUAUUUAUUUCAUUAUAUUUUAAAAAUAGUUUUUCCCAUGCAUGACUACCUCUUGUAAUGUGUGUACAUUUUAAUCAGUUGUAGUGUGGUGUUUGAUUUUCUGGUCUGUUUGUCUCGGAAUGCAAUAAAAUUAUUACAUAAAAAAAACA